AAGCAAGUGGUCUGGGGACGUUUCGCCAGGAACACAAUAGUACUGAAGAUGUCCUGGUUCUGGUUUUAUCUGCCUCUCCAUCUUCUCAUGGCGGCUUGCUUGUGUCAUUCCAUAAAAGCACCCACCACCAGUUCCCAACAGAGCUUCAAGACCGAUCUCUUCAAUUUCUACCACUCCCUGAUACUUGCUGAUGGUAAGGAAACUACAAUUCACCUGCUGAAGGAUAUACCUAAAAGGUACUACUUUGUUUUGGAGGAAGGCAGAGCCCUUGCACCUUUCACAAUAACAGUGACCCCCUGUGAUGUUCCCAUCGAAUGGAGCAUACUUGUGCACAAGGCUUCAGCAAGUUUCCUUGGAAAAGCAGCACGAGGUGAUCAUGAUACACAUGAGGUCUCAAAAUCUCAGAAGGCUCCAAGCAUGGUGUCAACCAUUUUUAACUAUAAGGGAAAUUCUGUAGAGACUUACAUGGGUAUGUCUUCUCAUUCUGCUCUUUACGUGCUAGAGUUCUUAUCCACUGAGCGAGACACACACAUUACCGUGUACUUAACAACUGACUCAGCAUCUGGGCACCUCUAUCCAGAACUUCCAAUGGAUCCACGCAUAGAUGUUACUGGCAUUGGGCAUACAACAGUGACUCUGACCUGGAAACACAGUCCCUCUGUCUUGCAACAUAGAGAAAACAUCCAGUACUGUCUUCUAGUUAAUGAAAAGCACAACUACAAGAGUUUAUGUGCUGCUGAAACAGCAAUCAGAUCCUCUGGAAUGAAACUGCCACCUACAUUAGCUUUGUCUCUCUCUCCGUACCUUCUUGAACCACAGCAGGUGAUGAUAUUGUCCAACAGCGAAUUGAGCAUCAUCAACAAAGUGAGUAGUGGGGAAGUCAGGCAGAUAUGCAUGGGUACCAAGAACACUUACACAGUGCCCAAUCUCAGUCCCAGCACUCAGUAUUACUUUGACGUUUUUGUUGUCAACCUCCUCACAAAUGCCAGUGCUGCUUACACCGGGACUUUUGCAAGAACACUGGACGAACCUGAACCUAAGGUGAUGGAGCUGAAAGAUGGGAAAGUGAUUCAGGUUGUCCUGGAUGGGAAAAAACAGAAAUUCUACAGUCUGCAGUACCAGGCGAGGCACAAGAAAAUACAAUUCACCUUUCAGUUGUGUCGUGGCCAAGUACGGGUUCACAUAACAAAGAACGGUAAAACAGUGGCAUCAGAAAACAUCUCAGGGCUGAGGUAUUUCUCACUGAAGGGAAAGCUGCUGGACACAUAUUUGGUGCAACUGAGGUCCAUAGAGGAAUCUAACUCUUCUGUGAAAGUACAGGUGUCCCCCCAUUUCCACAAGCCCUUAUUCCCACUUCUUCCAGAGAGCUUAAAAAUUAAGUCCUUCAGUAAACUGAGGACCUGCAACUCUGUCACCAUUGCCUGGCUAGGAACACAAGAGGAGAGCAAGUACUGUGUAUACAAGAAAAGGAUUGAAGAAGAUCAGGUCUGGAUGGAACUGCAGAGUGCGGACAGGUGCUCUGGACCUGAAUCUCGACACAAGUCAGAGAAAGUGCUGUGCAAGUAUUUCUAUGAUAUAAAUCUCCAGCGAGCUGUCACCACAGAGACCAUCAAAGGGCUGGAUGCAGGGAUGCUUUACUUGUUUGAUGUUUAUCUCUUUGGGCCAUCUGGCAUCCCUGUCAGAUAUCACAGCAAAGUUGUGAAGACCAGAAAAAAAUGUUGAAGGUUUUUAAAGAAAUGUUUUGAAGUGAGUGAAUGAAGACUAUUAUCAAAAUCUAUGCCAA